AUGGACUAUCGAGUCAAACAUUCGUACACAAUUCAAUUUGAGGCUGGUUGCAAGAAUGUGAACUGCAAAUUUAUGCUUCGUGCAAGAUGCGGACCUGGUUGUUCAUUUUGGCAUGUGGUGAAAUUUAUGCCAAGUCACAUGUGUACUCUAAACGUCUACGAUUCACAUUUUCGAAGUGUGAAGGCUAUUGUCAUCGAAAGUUUGUUCUCAAAAAAAGUGGCAAGUAGUAAAUAUACACCUAGAAUGCUAAUGGGGGAGUUACUGGAGCAGCAUGGUGUGCAAAUUAUAUACACUAAAGCUUGGAGACCUUGCCUUCAUGGUUUCCGGUCUUACAUAAGACCGGUUGUUGCCGUUGAUGCCACACAUUUGAAAGAUGAACACAAAUGGGUGAUAUUCGUUACCACUUACAAAGAUGGGGAGGAAAUGAUUUAUCCCAUCGCUUUUAGAUUUGCAGAUGGUGAGUCUGACAGAUCAUGGAUAUGGUUUUUGACGAAAUUGAAAGAGGCUAUCGGAGUGCGAGAAGAUUUAGUCAUCAUUUCCGAUCAUCACCAAAGCAUUGCGAAUGCGAUGAGCCAUGUCUUCCCUUUUGUCCCACAUGUCUUUUGUUUCUUCCACCUUAAGCAAAACUUGAAGAAACAUUGUAGACAGAGAAAAGAUGUGAUGACUGCAUUCUACCUUGCAGCAUACAGUUACACCAUAAUAGAGUGUGAUACAUACUUGGCAGAAAUAUAG